CGUCCACCCACCACUGCCGGCUCCCUCUGACACACGCCUCGCUCCCACAACUCUUCACUCCAUGACUGCACAUUACCAGCUGGGACUGCUGUGUGCUCAACAGUCGCCACAAGCACACCUCAUCACAGUAACAUCAUUAUAAUAGAAAUUGGAGAGGAAAUUUCGUGAUGAUAAGAGAUAGUGUGAGUGAAGUGGAGGAAGGCAGGUCAUGACAGGUGUACACCUACACCGACAUUACACUACGGCAGGAACACGUCCUCUGACACAAACAUUGUACCACUCUUACACUAUGAUUAAUUUAACUAUUUUCCAUAACCUGUAGAACAACACAGCAGUGUCAGCUAUGACUACUGAGAGGCUGGUUCAUGGUUCUCAGGUGACAGUGUUUACGUGUUUACCUGUGAGCAACAGCUGCAGCAGCAGCCGGAGUACCACCACCACCACCAGGAGUACCACCACUAGCAGGAAGAGUACUACCAUCAGCAGCAGCAGCAGCAGAAGAGUCAGCACAAUGGCUGGCACAAGUGGAUAUGGCUAUACAUGACUGGCAGAUCAAACCACUUACCUUAAGGAAAUCCACUGACAGUGAAGGGUCACCGUCAGAGAGUAACAAGAGUUCGAGGAGAAUACUCGACAGGAUCAAACUGUGAUCCUCAUUUUUGUUCCCAACAAAAUGUCCUGUUUGACUGAGGAAAUUAAGAAACACGUGUAAACGGAACCUAACCUAAUCAUAUUUGUGGCCAGAGACUGGAGGAAAGUUGGAAGUAGGUGAUGAACAUAGAGCAACAUACACCACUCCAGCACGUGCCUCAGGUGUGUAAGGAAGGUGUUCACAGUGAUAUACCUGUCUAACUUGUCUAGCCUACAACAUGGCCACCUACAACUUUACGCCCAACUUUCAAAAACUCCAACAACAGUUUUCAGCCCCGACUGAUUCACCAGGAAGCCAGAAUAAUAAACCAUCAACAGAAGGCAGAAUGGACACAGCCAGGAACCUCCAAGUUUGAACAUGGUGGAUACAAAUCCGUCCUUAAUAAAGCCCAGAUGUCAUGACCUGCACAAUGAAAUCACAAUAACAUGAUGUAUCAAAGAAAAUACCGAGUCAUUAUAAUUGGAUCAAACCAUCAUAAAUUGUUUGCUUUGUUUCAUAUCAAAUGUGAGAGAUAAUAUAUUCAAGAUCUUAACUACUGAAGUGAUAAAAUAAUAAAAGUUGAAACAGAGGCACAAUCUGCCAUUUACUAAAGUUAGCCCAAGUAAUUGAUCGACAAACAAUAAAAUGAUCAAAGACUCUUGAAAGUGACUAACAUAUACAAGGUAUUUAAAUCACACACCAAAAUACCGGGUUUACGGCUAAGCUGAAGUAUUAUUCUACAGACUAUGUGUUAUAUUCCCCGUAGUACAGUCGGAAUUGUUCUCGACUCACAAUCCAGAAUUCAGUGUUCGAAUCCCGUGUGGGAGAGAAAUGGUUGGGAGAGUGUUCCCCCAGUUCACCCAGCAGUAAAUAUGUACAGACGAGUUAGUCAACUUCUUGUGAGGUUGCCUCCUGGCGACGGUCAGUAAUUCAACUUUGGUAUG